ACCAGCUGUCAACGAUCCGUUGCAAGCUCCUUCGUUACCGCAACAAGUGUUUGGCGCUUUUUAUACCGACAACAGUAACAGUGCGCCCGCCAGGAUGAACAUGUUCGAUGCGAAUAUGCGUAAAGUGAGCGAUAGCCUCAACAACACUGUUCAAUUGGCCGCAGAGUACGGGGAUGAAUCGCUCAAGGAACUGAAACAAUAUUCAGAGUUGGCCGAAAAGCUGUGUGAAAUCGAAAGUCUCAUGAGCACACACCGGAAAGCAAUCACCGAGGCCGCACGGGAGCAAACGGUGGAAGCUUUUGAUAGGACUUAUGACGCCCAUACUAACAAAAAGAACCCUUAUUAUAAGGGACACAAGCGUUACAAAACAUUCGUGCAGUACGCAAAACCCCUGCUCGAUCCAUCGCUCGAAGGAGGUGACCAACAAGAGGCCGACGAAGACGAUGAUUUGAUCAUAGAAAAUGAUGACAGUAACAUGAUCGACCCAAUAACGAAGCGUCCUCUGGAGGUCCCGGUGAGGAACAGGCAGUGCAACCACGUGUAUGAAAAAGAUGUCAUCGAAGACAUGCUCAAGAAGAAUGCAAAUACACGAUGCCCGGUUGUGGGGUGUCCUGAGCCAAAUUUCAUACAGCCAAAAUUGCUAGUUGUCGACAGAAACUUACAGCAAAAAUUGCAACGCCUAAAUAUGAAUGCUUAAAUGAUACUAAACAAUGGAUUGCCACCGGUUUCGAUUUUGUUACUGUUAAAAUUAACUAAUAAAUGAUAAAUGUUACGAAUAAAACAAAUUAUCACCUAUACAUUGUGUGGUUGGGCGAUCUGAAUGGCAGCUAUG